AUGACUUCCAUCGCUACUCCCUCGUCCACUAUCUCCUUCGCCCCACCCAUCUCCUCCGAGGCCCUAGCGUCCUUCUCGCAAGCUACCCAGUCCAUGAUGGGCAGCAAAUCUUCCAAGAAGCUCGAAGACGGCAUGCCCCCUGCUCCACCUCCAUCACCCGUCUACUUUGCCGUCGACAGCAACGGCAAAGCAUCAAAUAAGCACGAAAAGAUCCCAAAUCUCAGCCUUGAGUAA